AUGGCUGCUGUUAUCACCCUUCAGUCGUCCUCGACGACUGGUCCAACGGGCCAUGCAUCUGCUUCUUUUCAACACUCCCCUUCCUCAGACCACCAACUACUUCGUCCCCGGAUCCAACAGCCCCCCCAGAUCCAACAACCACCUACCCCCCAGCCGGGUCUCCUCUCGACGCCACACUCGCCGGUGUCUUCGGUUGGAACGCUCCCUCGUGCCACCGUACCAGGUCGGGAUGGGUCGAGUUGUGAUGCAUGCGUGCGCAGAAAGAGCCGAUGUGCGAUGAACGAAAUGGUGAACAAGUGUUAUUCGUGUGACUUCCAUCGGCAGGAUUGCACCUUCACUCUGGCUGUGGCCAGUCACCCCGGUACGGCGGACUUGCAGUCGAAGAAGCGAAGAUUGGACGAGACCGAACCCGAGGAAUUGGGAUCGCCUAAAAGGUUAUCUACCCUUCCCCCAGUGCUGGCCAAAUCAGACCCGGUCCGCCCACCCUUGAACUAUAUUCUUCCUCAUCACCAAUCGACUUCUCACUUGCUCACCCCCUCGUCGACGUACUGGCAACACUCCACCCAGCACAUCGGCCUCACCACUGACCUAGAGCCCGCCCUCCUCGAGUUCUUGCCGUUGGAUCACAACCAAGAAGGUUCCGUGGCUGCUUCCCGUGUGCGGAAAUUGAGUGACGACGGCACCUUCAUGCGGGUGGUCAGCACUCGAUCGCCCGCGGAUUCGCCGCACGCUGCUUCCUUGGAUGCCAUCGAGAGCCUGGUCGCUCCCUAUGGUUCCACACUAGUGGAGAAGUUCUUCGAACAUAUCCAUCCCACCUUCCCCGUCCUCCUGGAAGACAGUUUCCGCCAGUCCUACCGCGCUCGAAGUGGCCUGACGCCACUGCUCCUCUCAGCGGUCUAUGCUCUCGCAUUGAAGUUCGUCGAUGUCGGUCCUGCAUCUCAGACCAUGCGGCGUCCAGAUGCCGGCCGUCUGGAGAGCACGGCUCUUCGGCUCUUGGUUGAAUCUCUUCCCUAUGCCUCCAUACCUACCAUCCAGGCGGGACUGCUGCUCAUGCAGCGGUCGAACCUGGCCACAGCGGCGUUGACUGCGCAACUGGUCACCGCCGGCUUUGAGCUUGGCUUGCACCAGGACUGCUCUAAUUGGCGGAUGGACACAUGGGAGAAAGGGCUGCGGAAACGCUUGGCAUGGGCCCUCUAUAUGCAGGAUAAGUGGUCCGCGCUGGUGCAUGGACGGCCGUCUCACAUCUUUUCCUCCAAUUGGAUGGUCCAGGACUUGGUGGAGCAGGAUUUCACCGACGCUUUCGCUGCCUCAGCCCAGCACGACGAUGCGCCCGUGGGCCACGGCCCGCUAUCCUUCUGUCACAUGGUGGCUCUGACCACUAUUCUCUCGGAUAUUCUAGAUCGUUUCUACACCCUCCAGGCGAUUGAAGAAUUCAAGGCUGCUGGCAACAAUCGGACGCGGAUGAUUCUGGAACGUGCCAAGCCGGCCCAGAUUCGGUUGAAAGACUGGUUUGGCCGACUUCCGACGGAACUCAAGAUGGACUCGGGCGGGGAUUUGUUUGAGGUUGUCACGGAGGACAACGCUCGCAACGGUGCAUUGCAUUUGGCGUACUUUGCCACGGAGAUCACCCUACACCGCUGUAUCGUGCGGUCGCUGGCACCGGAGAACGCCGACGCCUAUCUGUCCCACAUCUGUCGCUCCGCCGCCAAGACGCGACUGAUCUCCGCAAUGGAUUUUGUCAACCGACUUCGGCCCUCCCACCUGCGGUCUUUCUGGCCAGCGGCAGCACGGACCAACUUUGCUUUGAUCGGCUCCUUCGGCGUGCUCCUUCGCAUCACCGCCCCAACGAAAGAAGAAGCCGAAUUUUACCGCUUGCGACUUUGCGAAUAUCGCUGGACGCUGAGCGUUAGCAAGAAGGAUGCCGAGUUCUUGGAGUUCGCAUUGGAGAGUCUGGACAAUGCGACCAACCUCGACCAUUGUGUGCCUGAGAAACCCGGUAUCGAUGAAUUGAUGACCAGUGCUGCCAAACCCACGACAGUCAAUCCUCCCCGCAUAGGUGCCAUGGAGGACUCUAUUCUGGAAGCUCCGGACAGUGGGCUAGGUGGUACCUCCUCAGUCAUCUCGGGGUUGGCGUCUCCCGCUACCUCUAUCAGUGACGAGAGCCUGCAAGACUGUUCUAUCCCACCUCUCUAG